AUGGCGGCCAAUACCAAGGUCGCAUUGGUAGUUGGUGCUUCAAGAGGCAUCGGGAGACAGAUCGCCAUCGACCUAGCGAAGAAUGGGUACGCGGUUGUCGUCGCAGCAAAAUCAACAAGCGACGCCCAAACCACCGUGCCAUUUCCACCAGACCCCAACUCCCCUCAGUCGACCAUCAGCACAGUUGAGAGGGAGAUCAUCGAGGCGGGAGGGAGAGCAACCGCGAUCCCAGUAGACGUCAGGGACUUCGCCAGCGUGCAGAAGCUAGUAGACAGAACCAUCGAGAUCUACAGCCGUCUAGACGCGCUAAUCUACAACUCUGGAGCUAUAUGGUGGGCGUCCGUCGACGAGACGCCGAUGAAGCGGUUCCAGCUAAUGCAGCGCGUGAACCCGGAGGGUCUCUACGGCGCCGUCCAAGCUUCCUUGCCACACCUCAAACAGAGCCGGGGCCGGAUCGUCGUAGUCAGCCCGCCUAUUUAUAGCCGCUUCUUCCGCGGCAAGGCGGCGUACGCGAUGGGCAAGGUGGGCAUGAGCGUGCUGACCAAGGGCCUCGCGAUGGAUUUCGAGAGGCAGGGGCUAAAGGACAUGGCGAUUACUAGCUUGUGGCCGGCGGUUGCGAUAGAAUCCGCCGCAACCGCCAAAACCACCCUCAACAACCCCUCCUCGGCGCGGGACCUGCGCAAACCAACCAUAUUCUCAGACGCCGUCCUGGCCAUCCUCCGCGCGCCCGCGCCCUCCGUCAACGGCCACCUGCUGCUCGACGAGGAUUACCUGCGCGAGCUGGGCGGCGUGACCGACUUCGCGCCGUACGCCGUGGUCCCCGGCUCGGCGCCGCGCCGCAUAAUGCCGGCUUCGCUGCCGGAUCUGACGGUGGCGGAGCAGGACGAUGAAGGGGUGAGGAUGGAUAGCGCUAGGGAGAGCGGGGCGUCGAAGUUGUGA